AGUCACGUAGCUCUGCGGCAUUGAGGCAGACUCGCUCCAGCAGAGAAGGCAUCGUCUCUUCCCCGCACUUACCGGCCAGUGCAAGCACUUAUAUUUAAUUUAGAAAGGCACUAUUGACGUUCAGCAGCGAUGACGCACCAGUACCCCGCCCUGACCACUGAGCAGAAGAAGAAGGAGCUGGCGGACAUCGCCCAGCGCAUCGUGGCCCCUGGGAAAGGGAUCCUGGCUGCAGAUGAGUCCGUCGGGAGCAUGGCCAAGCGCCUGAGCCAGAUUGGCGUGGAGAACACGGAGGAGAACCGCCGCCUGUACCGGCAGCUGCUCUUCAGCGCCGACGAGCGCAUCAACAGCUGCAUCGGCGGUGUCAUCUUCUUCCACGAGACGCUGUACCAGAGCGCCGACGACGGCACCUCCUUCGUCAAGAUGAUCAAGGACAAGGGCAUCGUCGUGGGCAUCAAGGUGGACAAAGGGGUCGUGCCCCUGGCAGGAACCAACGGCGAGACUACCACCCAGGGUCUGGAUGGCCUUUCCGAGCGCUGUGCCCAGUACAAGAAAGACGGCGCCGACUUCGCCAAGUGGCGCUGCGUCCUGAAGAUCACCGAGACCACGCCCUCCCAGCUGGCCAUCCUGGAGAACGCCAACGUCUUGGCACGCUACGCUAGCAUCUGCCAGCAGAACGGAAUCGUGCCCAUUGUGGAGCCGGAGAUUCUUCCCGAUGGAGAACACGACCUGAAGCGCUGUCAGUACGUCACGGAGAAGGUCCUGGCUGCAGUGUACAAGUCCCUGUCGGACCACCACGUCUACCUGGAGGGAACGCUGCUCAAGCCCAACAUGGUGACCCCCGGCCACGCCUGCCCCACCAAAUACAGCUCCGAGGAGAUUGCCAUGGCAACCGUCACCGCCCUGCGACGCACCGUGCCUCCUGCUGUCCCAGGCGUGACCUUCCUGUCCGGAGGCCAGAGUGAGGAGGAGGCCUCCAUCAACCUGAACGCCAUCAACACCUGCCCGCUCGGCCGCCCCUGGGCGCUCACCUUCUCCUACGGCCGCGCCCUGCAGGCCUCCGCGCUGGGGGCCUGGCGCGGCCAGAAGGAGAACGAGUCCGCCGCCACCGAGGAGUUCGUCAAGCGCGCCGAGGUGAAUGGCUUGGCAGCACAGGGCAAGUAUGAGCCCAGCAGCGAUGGCAGUGGGGCCGCCUCCCAGUCUCUGUACGUGGCCAAUCACGCUUACUGAACGCCCACUGCUGCCCACAUUCCAGCUUUCGCUGACCAAUAGGAUCUUCCACUGCUGCUACCUUCCAUAUCACCAACCAAUCACAGGCCUGCGCUGUCUUCUGUACUUUAGGAUUAAUACAUGCAUAAAUUAUCAAAAUCGGUAAA